AUGCUCAGCACAAGGUUGCAACGCCCCCCGCCGCCGCGCCGCGCGCCGCCGGCGGCUACCCUGGUCAAAGAUGUGAGCUCCGACGCGUACAUCUCCUCCCAUGUCAUCCUCCGUCUGAGCGGCGCAGCCCUAAUCUCGCAGCAGCUGCUGCAGAUGAAGGACUGGGUGAGCGACAUCAAAAUGGCUGUCAUCACCGCUGAUGACUCCCUCAAAGCAAUCUGGACAAGCCCGGCGGUGCAGCUGCCAUCGCUGAGUGACGGCGCCACCACUGGCGGCGAUGAUGUGCAGUCGCUCGCCUUCGCCUCCGUGACCCUCUCAAAGCUGGUCGAGGAGCAGGAGACACAGGAUGCGUUCUACACGAAGCUCAGCGAGACAGCCGUUGUGCGUGCAGAGGUCCAGAAGGGGUCUCAAGAUGCGAGGCUGCAGCGGUACAAGCAGCAGGUGGAGUGUCAGCUGGCCUCCUCCAUGGCAGACGGCCUAUUGCCACAGCAGCAGCGCAAGAACAGUGUUCCACCGGAGAAACGUCAAAUUCUGCUGAAUCCUUACAGCACCGGGCACCGCAAGCUACCCCAAACCGCCUCGCAAACUGGGAACCGCCCCCUGCCCUCCGUCAGCACGUCGAUGCCGCCUACCAUGACCAGUCCGUACCGCACCUCGUCCUCUAGCGCUGUGUCGGCACCGCAGUCGCCGUCUUCCAGCACACCCGUCGCCGCUAACGGCAAUACUCUAGGUACUUCCCCCAUUCCUCUGGCGCGGCAGGCUCACCGAGUCAAGGGGCCGCACUCUGCGGUGCAACGGCUACGCCGCAGCCAGUGA